GAGGGGAGGUCCCAUGCCUGGCGUUUUCACAUAUCCCGGCGACUUUCUGGCCCCCGUGGGAACAAGAGCGAGCUGUCUUCCGCCACCCUCACUGCCUCGGUGUCAUUGUACCUCUCUGCUUUGUUUCACUUGCGAUGGAACACCACGAGAAAGCUUUUCCUGGGUUAUCCAGGUUUUUGGGGGAGUGAGGUCGAUCCACGCCGUGCAGAGCUGUUGUUGUUUACCUGCUGCCUGACAUCGGGUCUGGUGGAUAGUACAAUAUACAAGGGGAACACUAUCUUCGUGGGACUGGGAGCUUCGAAUCAAAAUCCGCGUCCAUUCGGAUGGGCACGUUCCUUGACCUCAAUCGGGUGUUUUGUGAUCGGCUGCUUCCUGUUCGCGCGGCUCAAUCGCAUCAUCGGUGCCCAGCGUCGUGGAUGCCUGAUGCUCUCUUUCCUCAUCCAAGCCAGUAUCAUCGUUAUCACUGCGGCCCUUGUUCACGGAGGCGUUGUGUCGAGUGCUCUCGACGAUGAUGAUGCAUCACAGUCUACCACUCGGUGGGAUCAAGAAGUGCCGAUCGUGCUUCUCAGCCUUCAGUCAGCAGGGCAAAUCGUGGCCAGCCGCGCCCUGGGGUUCAACGAGAUCCCGACCGUUGUCAUCACUAGUCUCCUCUGCGAUCUGAUGUCGGAUCCAAAGCUGUUUUUUCUGCGGAACGAAAAGCGGGACCGGCGGGUGAUAGCGUUCGUUCUGACGCUGGUAGGUGCCAUUGUCGGUGGUUGGGUCACCAAAGCCACCGAAGACAUCGCUCCAAUCCUUUGGCUGUCUGCGGGAAUCAAAUUCAUUGUGGCAUUUUCAUGGGGAUUCUGGAAGACUAAGACUUGA